CGUGUCUCCCCCUCAAUCCGUCCCACAUUCCGAUCUCGGUAGCUCGAGCACACCACUUCUUCAGUUUCGCGCAAGUCCGAGUGUCGUGAGCAUGGGCCGCGAGACUAGUCAUGUCAGAUGGAUCUGGCGCCUCUCCGCCUUGACGGCGAUUUUCUUCACGGGCUUCAUCAUCGGCUGGUUUGGGCGUCCUGCUUCAGUGGGCUCUAGACCCGAUCCUUCAGUGGACCGACUGGACCAGUUUCUCCACCAGAUUCAAGCCCACAACAUCAGGCAUUACCUCAGAGACUUCACUCGUCUUCCUCACCUGGCGGGGACGGAGCAGAAUCUUCGUCUGGCAGAGCGUAUCCGUGACGACUGGGCGGAGUUUGGCUUGGAUGGGGUGGAGCUUGUGCCAUAUGAUGUCCUGCUGUCCUAUCCUAACAAGAGCCGACCCAACUACAUCUCUAUACUGGACCAGCACAGACAAGAGAUCUUCAACACAUCACUGUCGGAGCCCGUGCCUGAGGGGUAUGAGAAUGUUUCUGACACCAUCGUCCCCCCGUACAACGCCUUCUCUGCUCAAGGACAACCAGAGGGGGAGCUGGUCUAUGUGAACUAUGGGCGAACUGAAGACUUCCUGCUGUUGGAGAGGGACAUGGGCAUCAACUGCAGUGGCAAGAUCGCCAUCGCACGCUACGGCAAGAUCUUCAGAGGAAACAAGGUGAAGAACGCUGUGCUGGCGGGGGCGGUGGGCCUCAUCCUGUUCUCAGACCCCUCGGACUACAGCGCCCCUGGGGUGCCGGUGUACCCGCGCGGCUGGAACCUGCCAGGAGGGGGCGCCCAACGGGGCAACGUGCUCAACCUCAAUGGAGCAGGAGACCCGCUCACGCCAGGAUACCCUGCCAAAGAUUACACUUACAGAAUUGACCCUGAGAAGGGGGUGGGGCUUCCUAAGAUUCCGGUGCAUCCCAUUGGCUACGAUGACGCAGGCCAUCUUCUGAAGAACAUGGGUGGAGCCACGCCCCCCAGCAGCUGGAGAGGAGCGCUGAACGUGUCGUACCGGAUCGGACCGGGGUUCACCCAGGAGAACCAGAAUCUGACAGUGCGCAUAAAUGUCUACAGCACCAACCAGGUGACGCGGAUCUACAACGUCAUUGGCAAGAUCCGUGGAGCUCAGGAGCCAGACAGGUAUGUGAUCCUGGGGGGGCACCGUGACGCGUGGGUGUUCGGGGGGGUCGACCCCACCAGUGGAGCAGCCGCUGUUCAUGAGACCGCCAGGAGCGCAGGGAGACUACUGCAGACAGGUACACACACACACACACACACACACACACACACACACACACACACACACACGCGAGGCGAGCGUCCAUCUGGGAACUGUGUGGCUUUUAUCCGGGUAGGCCAGUUCCAGUAA